GUUACGAAUGUAAAAUGUCAGGGUGUAUAAUCUGCAAAUAGACAUUUAAAACAACAAAUUAAAGAUGUAUCUAAUGCAGUUGUGUUACGGAUUUGACAUUUCAUCUCAUUUCUAAGAACAAUCCUGCCUUUCUGCCUCUUUUUGUGAAGAUGAUGAAGGUUUUCCGGAGUCCAGCGCGUCAUGGUUACGCUGUUGAAGUCUCUCCAUUCAUCCCAAACAGAGUGGCCUGUGCUGCCUCCCAGUAUUAUGGAAUAGCAGGUUGUGGCACACUGUUGGUCUUGGAGGAUAAUCCAACAGGGACUGCACUCGUGCAAAGUUGGGAGUGGAGUGAUGGUUUGUUCGAUGUGUCCUGGAGUGAAUCUAAUGAACAUGUUUUAGUGGCUGGAGGUGGAGAUGGAAGUUUACAGCUCUGGGAUUCGACUAAUCAUAGCGCUCCACUCAGAGUGACCAAAGAACACACACAGGAGGUAUAUGCUGUAGACUGGAGUCAGACCAGAGGAGAAAACCUUAUAGUUUCUGCAUCCUGGGACCAAACGGCUAAAGUGUGGGACCCUGGCCUGAAGUGUUUAUGUACUCUCAGAGGUCACGAAGGAGUCAUCUACAGCUCCAUCUGGUCACCUCAUAUCCCAGGAUGCUUUGCCACUGCUUCAGGUGAUGGCACACUAAGAAUAUGGGACGUGAAGAGCGCUCUCUGUCGAUUGGCUGUUCCUGCACACAAGACAGAAAUACUGAGCUGUGAUUGGUGCAAAUAUGACCAGAACCUUUUGGCCACAGGCUCAGUCGACUGCACCAUUCGAAUUUGGGAUUUGAGAAAUGUCCGUCAACCUUUGAGCCAACUACAGGGACAUACCUACGCCAUCAGAAGACUCAAGUUUUCUCCCUUCAGUAAAACUGUGCUGGGAUCCUGCUCCUACGACUUUACUGUGAGAUUCUGGGACUUCAGCCUUCCUCAGCCUCUCCUGGAGACACUGGAGCAUCACUCAGAGUUUGUGUGUGGACUGGACUUUAACCUGCACAUCCCCAACCAGGUGGUGGACUGUGCGUGGGAUGAGACGGUGAAGAUCUACACACCUGCCAGUCUACCUGCUGUCAGCGUUUAACAUUAGGACAUGGACAACCAACACUUAAGAUUCCACUAUUGUAAUUAAAAAUCCACGAUUGCUUUGGGGGGACAAUUUCAAAUCCUGAGCUAACUAAUGUACUUUAAAUCACUUGAAUAGAAGAUGUUUGUCAAGCUCGUAUGCUCAUUUCACAGUGAGUUUUCCUUCAGUAUUCAUAUAUUAUGUGGCUUAUCAUUACUAAUUUAAUGUCAGUUGUGACUAAUGUCAUUAGUAUCUUUAAAUAUCACACAUGUGUCAGACAAACAUUUAAU